AACGAUGGCAAACACGCGCAGUCACUUCCGACGCGAGGACCCGAGCUGAGCGAAGCGUGUGAGCUGCGCUGUGAUUGGACGGUGAAGUUUCUGCAUGACCCCUGAGAUCUCAUCGGACGCUGAGCUGCAGAGCGAGUAUAAAGAGAGGAGGGGGGGCAGAGGAGACCCUGUCCCACAGAGACAGGACAUCAUGGCGUCCAGCGGGAGGUACGGGGACAUAAAGGACGUGAUGAUGAAACUACAGAACGAGCAGGAGGCGGUGCAGAAGAGGACCUUCACCAAAUGGAUCAACUCUCACUUAGCCAAGUACAAGCCGCCUCUGGAGGUGAACGACCUGUUUGAGGACAUCAAGGAUGGGGUGAAGCUUCUGGCUCUGCUGGAGGUUCUGUCCGGACAAAGACUGCCCCGUGAGCAGGGCCGUCAGCUGAAGAGGAUCCACUGGGUCUCCAACAUCGGCACAGCGCUCAAAUUCCUGGAAGGCAGGAAGAUCAAACUGGUGAACAUUCACGCCACCGACAUCGCAGACGGACGCCCGUCCAUCGUCCUCGGGCUGAUAUGGACCGUCAUCCUCUACUUCCAGAUCGAGGAGCUGACCAGUAACCUGACCUCCCUGCAGCCCCUCUCCACCAGCAGCUCCUCAGUGGAGAGCAGUGAGGCCGGCAGCCCCCCCCCCAUGAAGAGGAAGGUGGUGCAGCGUUUCCAGGGCGGCGCCAAGAAGGCCCUGCUGCGAUGGGUCCAGAGCACCGCCGCUCAGUUCCACGGUCUCCAGGUGAAGGACUUCGGGCCCAGCUGGAGGGACGGAGUGCUCUUCCAGUCCGUGGUCCACUCCAUCAGACCUGACCUGGUGGACAUGGAGGAGGUGAGGAGGAGGAGCAACAGGGAGAACCUGGAGGAGGCCUUCUCUCUGGCAGAGAACCAGCUGGGCAUCCCCCGCCUGCUGGACCCCGAAGAUGUGGACGUGGAUAAGCCGGAUGAGAAGUCCAUCAUGACGUACGUGGCUCAGUUCCUCAAACAUUACCCCAACCCUGGGCACUCUGAGGCGGACGGCCAGCAGGACGAGCGAGAGGAGCGUAAGAUGCUCAGAGAGCUGAAGGUGUUCCUGGACCAGCUGGAGAGAGAGGUGCUGCGGGCGCAAGGCAGCGAGGGGAACCUCACCGACAAGUACCAGGAGUUUAAGAGUUUCAGAGUGCAGUUUGAGAUGAAGAGGAAGCAGAGCGAGCCGCUGCUGCAGCCAAUCAGCAGAGAGGGGAAGCUCUCUGUGGACCAGGCUCUCCUGAAGCAGGCCUGGGAGAGGGUCUCUGCACGGCUGGUGGAGUGGCACCUGCACCUGGACCAGUCCCUGCCGGGCCCCCUGGGGGGGGUCGGGGCGUGGUUGCAUCGAGCGGAGACGAUCCUCCGAGAGGACGUCUCUCUGAAGAACCAGCCGGAGGACACGGCCAACGAGCUGCACCGGAAACUGGACCAGCACAAGGAGGUGCUGAAGAACCUGGAGAACCACAGGCAGCCGUUCCUGCAGAUCCACAGAGACGGAGCCGUGAACGGGGUCCCCGUCCCCCCCGAGCAGCUGCAGGACCUGGCAGAGCGGUUUAACUUGGUGUCCUCGUCCUCUCACGCUCACCUGAUCCGCCUGGAGUUCUGGGAGAUGAAGUACCGUCUGAUGGCAUUCCUGAUGCUCGCCGAGUCCAAACUGAAGUCCUGGAUCAUUAAAUACGGCCGAAGAGACUCUGUGGAGCUGCUGCUGCAGACCUACCUGACGUUUGUGGAAGGCCAGCGGUUCUUCGAUCAGUACGAGAUGAUCUACUCGGACCUGAAACGAUCUGCGGAGGUUUACAUCAAGUCUGACAGCGCAGUGGAGGAGGCAGAGAGCGUCAGUAAGCUGCUCUGUGACGCCUCCUCUCAGUGGAGGAACCUGGCUCUGGAGGUGCGCAGCGUGAGGAGCAUGCUGGAGGAGGUGCUCUCUAACUGGGAGAAGUACGGCGGCACCGUGGCCUCCCUGCAGGCCUGGCUGGAGGAUGCCGAGAGCAUGCUGAACCAGAGCGAGGGGGGCAAGCGCGACUUCUUCAGGAACCUGUCUCACUGGAUGCAGCAGCACACGGACAUGAACGAUGCCGGGAACUUCUUGAUCGAGACGUGUGACGAGUCCGUGUCUCGAGACCUGAAGCAACAGCUGCUGCUGCUCAAUGGGAGGUGGAGGGAGCUCUUCGUCAAGGUCAAACAUUACGCCCGAGCAGACGAGGUGGAUAAGCUGCGUCAGGACUACCAGGACGGGAUCAACACUCUGAAGAUCUUCAUGGACAACACCAACCAGAAGAUGAUGGCCAACGUUCAGGUCUCCUUCCUCAACGUCAGAGCCUUCGUCCAGGACAUGGAGGAGGUGAAGCAGAAGGUGCCUGCGAUGGAGGCGGCCUGUAAGGCAGCGAGCCGCACCGCCCAGCUGCUCAGCAAAGACUCUCCUCAGGACGAGACGUUGGCCAUGACGGAGCUGAUGGGGUCCGUCAGGGAGCAGCUGGCCAAGGUGAGGGAGCGGUCCCUGCCCCUCUUGAGGGAGUCCCAGUCCCUGCUGCCCCCCCUGGAGGAGAUGGAGAGGAACAUCUCAGGUUUCUACCAGGCUCUGGAGAAGGCCAGUCACAUCACAGGGACCCCCAGCCCGGAGGGGGGGGACUUCAAGAUCAAGUGCCAGGAGCUGGUGACCUUCACUCACAGCUGUAAGAAGUGUCUGACCAACAUCGAGAGGAACCACCAGAACAUCCAGAAGAUUCUGAGCAGCAGCAGCACCUUGGAGCACCUGGACCUGAACCUGCUGCAGAAGAGAGUGGCCGACCUGCAGGCCUCCUCCCAGGUGAUGAUCAAGGAGUCUACAGAGUGGAGGAAGCACGAGGAGGCGAACAGCUGUCUGAUGAAGAGGUUUGAAGAGUCCCGCAUGGAGCUGGAGAAAGUCCUGAAGACGGCUCAGAGCUGUCUGACUGAGAGAGGAGAGCCAGAGGAGCUGCUGAGGAAACACACGGAGUUCCUGGGGUCAGCUGGACCAGCGCGUCCUGAACUCCUUCCUGAAGGCGUGUGACGAGCUGACGGACAUCCUGCCUCAGCUGGAGCAGCAGGAUCUGCAGGAGACGGUCCGACGGCUUCACAAACACUGGAAGGACGUCCAGACGGAGACUCCUCUGCACCUGCUGCGUCUGAAGGUGCACGUUGAGAAGAAGCAGCUGGAGGUUCUGAUGCAGGACUCUGAG